AUGGCAAAAUCCGCCCUUCUCGUCGUCGACAUCCAAAACGGAGUCGUAGACCUAGUCCUCGGCACCGGCCCCUCAGCCCGAAAAGAAGCAUUCCUCCAACGCAUGUCCACAACCAUAAAAGCCGUCCGUAAGGCCGGCGUACAGAUAAUCUACUGCGUGAUCGAUCUCCGCAAAGGCCACCCGGAAGUGAAACCGCACAGCGCCCUACACAAAGCUCUCAAUUUCAUGGGCCGAUUCCUUGAAGGCGAGGGGUCGAAAGUGCACGCCAGCAUCGCACCACAAGAGGAUGAAGGCGACUUGAUCGUCUACAAGCGCCGUGUCUCGGCGUUUGUUGGGAGUGAUUUGGAAAUCAUUUUGCGGAGUCUGGGGGUGGGGGAUUUGGCUGUGGCGGGAUUGUCGACGAGUGGGGUUGUUUUGUCUACGGUUCGGCAGGCGGCGGAUUUGGAUUUUGAUGUUACGGUUCUGGAGGAUCUUUGCGCUGAGUUUGAUUCGGUGGCUGGAGAGGGUACGCAUAGGGUGUUGAUGGAGAAUGUUUUUCCGGGUCAGGCUUUGGUGAUGAAUUCGGGGGUUUGGGUUGAUGGGUUGGAAUGUUGA